CGAGCUAUUGGGUACAGGUGCACCGGCUGGAACACGGAGACGGGGGCAUCCUGGACCUCGAUGACAUCCUCUGCGACGUGGCGGACGACAAAGACCGACUGGUAGCAGUGUUUGAUGAGCAAGAUCCGCACCAUGGGGGCGACGGCACCAGUGCCAGCUCCACGGGCACCCAAAGCCCGGAGCUGUUCGGCAGUGAGCUGGGAGCCAACAGCGCGUCCGCCUUUCAGCCGUACCAAGCCACGAGUGAGAUCGAGGUCACGCCUUCUGUCCUCCGCGCAAAUAUGCCUCUUCACGUCCGACGGAGCAGUGACCCAGCCUUGAUUGGCCUCUCCACCUCUGUCAGUGACAGCAACUUCUCGUCUGAAGAGCCUUCGCGGAAAAACCCCACGCGCUGGUCAACAACAGCCGGCUUCCUCAAACAGAACCCGCCUGGCGGCCCCCAGGCCUGUGACAGGAAGAAAGAUGAAAACUACAGAAGCCUCCCACGGGACACUAGUAACUGGUCUAACCAAUUUCAGAGAGACAAUGCUCGCUCGUCUCUGAGUGCCAGUCACCCCAUGGUGGACAAGUGGCUGGAGAAGCAAGAACAGGAUGAGGAUGGGGCAGAGGAAGACAACAGCCGUGUGGAACCUGUGGGGCAUGCUGACACUGGUUUGGAGAAUACACCCAACUUCUCUCUAGAUGAUAUGGUAAAGCUCGUACAAGUCCCCAACGAUGGAGGGCCUCUGGGAAUCCAUGUAGUGCCUUUCAGUGCGCGAGGCGGCAGAACCCUGGGGUUAUUAGUAAAACGGUUGGAGAAAGGUGGUAAAGCUGAACAAGAAAACCUUUUUCAUGAGAAUGAUUGCAUUGUCAGGAUUAAUGAUGGCGACCUCCGAAAUAGAAGAUUCGAACAAGCACAACAUAUGUUUCGCCAAGCCAUGCGUACACCCAUCAUUUGGUUCCAUGUGGUUCCUGCGGCAAAUAAAGAGCAGUAUGAGCAACUGUCCCAGAGCGAGAAGAACAAUUACUAUUCCAGCCGCUUCAGCCCUGACAGCCAGUAUGUUGACAGCCGGAGCGUGCUCGGCCCUGGGCUCCCUGCCCUGCAAAGAGCUCCCCGGCCAGCCCACCAGCCCGAGCCGCAGGACGCUCACCCCCGACUACCUCACAGCACACACCCCUCCGGAAAGCCACCGCCAGCCCCACAGAAUGUACUGAGUACGAAUGUCAGCAGUGGGUACAACACCAAAAAAAUAGGCAAGAGGCUUAACAUCCAGCUUAAGAAAGGUACAGAAGGUUUGGGAUUCAGCAUCACUUCUCGAGAUGUGACAAUAGGGGGCUCUGCUCCAAUUUACGUGAAAAACAUUCUUCCCCGAGGGGCUGCCAUCCAAGAUGGCCGACUCAAGGCAGGAGACAGACUCAUAGAGGUAAAUGGAGUAGAUCUGGCCGGCAAAUCCCAAGAGGAAGUUGUUUCCCUGUUGAGAAGCACCAAGAUGGAAGGGACUGUGAGCCUUCUGGUCUUCCGCCAGGAAGAUGCUUUCCACCCAAGGGAACUGAAUGCAGAGCCAAGCCAGAUGCAGAUUCCAAAAGAAACGAAAGCAGAGGAGGAGGACGUCGUCCUCACGCCCGAUGGCACCAGGGAAUUCCUGACGUUCGAAGUCCCGCUGAAUGAUUCAGGAUCUGCCGGUCUCGGAGUCAGUGUCAAAGGGAACCGGUCCAAGGAGAACCACGCGGAUCUGGGCAUCUUCGUCAAGUCCAUAAUUAAUGGAGGAGCUGCGUCGAAAGACGGGAGGCUUCGGGUGAACGAUCAGCUGAUAGCCGUCAAUGGAGAAUCCCUGUUGGGCAAGACAAACCAGGAUGCCAUGGAAACCCUGCGAAGGUCUAUGUCUACCGAGGGAAAUAAACGGGGAAUGAUCCAGCUUAUCGUGGCCAGGCGGCUAAGCAAGUGCAGCGAGCUCAAGUCACCUGGGAGUCCCCCCGGACCUGAGCUGCCAAUGGAAACAGUGUUGGAUGACAGAGAGCGGAGAAUCUCCCACUCCCUCUACAGUGGGAUCGAGGGGCUCGAUGAGUCACCCACGAGAAAUGCCGCGCUGAGCAGGAUAAUGGGUGAGUCAGGGAAAUACCAGCUCUCUCCCACAGUGAACAUGCCCCAGGACGACACCGUCAUCAUAGAGGAUGACAGGCUGCCCAUCCUGCCUCCACAUCUCUCUGACCAGUCAUCUGCCAGCUCUCAUGACGACGUGGGAUUCGUGACAACAGACGCCGGCACUUGGGCCAAAGUUGCCGUCAGCGAUUCAGCCGACUGCUCUUUGAGUCCAGAUGUUGAUCCAGUUCUUGCUUUUCAACGGGAAGGAUUUGGACGCCAGAGUAUGUCAGAAAAACGCACAAAGCAAUUUUCAGAUGCCAGUCAAUUGGAUUUCAUUAAAACACGAAAAUCAAAAAGCAUGGAUUUAGGUAUAGCUGACGAGACUAAACUCAAUACAGUGGAUGACCAGAAAGCAGGCUCCCCCAGCAGAGACGUGGGACCCUCCCUGGGCCUGAAGAAAUCAAGCUCCUUAGAAAGUCUGCAGACAGCGGUGGCCGAGGUGACUUUGAAUGGGGACAUUCCUUUCCAUCGUCCACGGCCCCGGAUUAUCAGGGGAAGGGGCUGCAACGAGAGCUUCCGGGCUGCCAUUGACAAGUCUUACGACAAACCUGCAGUUGAUGAUGACGACGAAGGCAUGGAGACCUUGGAAGAAGACACAGAAGAAAGUUCAAGGUCGGGGAGAGAGUCCGUAUCCACAGCCAGCGACCAGCCUUCCCACUCUCUGGAAAGACAGAUAAACGGAAACCAAGACAGAGGUGAUAAGACUGACAGGAAAAAAGACAAAACUGGAAAAGAGAAGAAGAAAGAUAGAGAGAAAGAAAAGGAUAAAAUGAAGGCCAAGAAGGGAAUGCUGAAGGGCCUGGGAGACAUGUUCAGGUUUGGCAAACAUCGAAAAGAUGACAAGAUUGAGAAAACGGGUAAAAUAAAAAUGCAGGAACCCUUUACGUCAGAAGAGGAGAGAAUACGAAUGAAGCAGGAGCAGGAGAGAAUUCAAGCCAAAACUCGAGAAUUCAGGGAGCGACAGGCCCGAGAGCGUGACUACGCUGAAAUUCACGAUUUUCAUCGGACCUUCGGCUGUGACGAAGACUUGAUGUAUGGAGGACUUUCUUCCUAUGAAGGGUCCCUGGCUCUCAACGCCAGGCCCCAGAGCCCCAGGGAAGGACACACGAUGGACGCUUUGUACGCGCAAGUGAAGAAGCCGCGGAAUCCCAAACCCUCACCUGCCGACAGCAACAGAUCAACACCUAGCAACCACGAUCGGAUACAGCGCCUGCGGCAGGAGUUCCAGCAAGCGAAGCAGGACGAGGACGUGGAGGACCGGAGACGCACCUACAGCUUUGAACAGCCCUGGCCCAACUCCAGAGCGCCAGCGCAGAGCGGCCGCCACUCGGUGUCGGUGGAGGUGCAGAUGCAGCGGCAGCGGCAAGAGGAGCGCGAGAGCUUCCAGCAGGCCCAGCGCCAGUACAGCUCGCUGCCCCGGCAAAGCCGGAAAAACGCCAGCUCUGUCUCCCAGGACUCGUGGGAGCAGAACUACGCCCCCGGGGAAGGCUUCCAGAGCGCGAAGGAGAGCCCCCGGUACUCCAGCUACCAGGGCUCCAGGAACGGCUAUCUGGGGGGGCACGGCUUCAACGCCAGGGUUCUGCUGGAGACCCAGGAGCUCCUCCGCCAGGAACAGAGGCGGAAGGAGCAGCAGAUGAAGAAGCAGCCUCCUGCCGAGGGACCCAGCAGCUACGACGCCUACAAGAAAGUCCAGGACCCCAGUUACACGCCCCCCAAGGGGCCUUUCCGGCAGGAUGUGCCGCCCUCCCCGUCUCAGGUGGCGAGGCUGAGCAGACUGCAGACUCCCGAGAAAGGGCGACCCUUUUAUUCCUGAGCGUCAGAAGGACAGAGGCUUCAGGUCACGCAAUAAAGGACAUUUUCCGACGAAGACUUGCAUUGGGGGAGUCUUUGAAAACCUCGAUGGUACUAUGGGAUGUUUCUGUCGUUGGUAUCAGUGCCUUUAAGCAGCAGGGGCAAAGCAAUGGAAGGCCUUAAUGUCUUUGCCGCCAUGUUUCAAGUGUCUGUUUCACGGAAGGGUUUCCCAUGGCCUGACAAUCACCUGUUGGAGGCCUUCACACUGCCUCUCCGUGGGGUGCCGGGAGUCUGGCUGACACGCGCCAGGGCAGGUCCUGCUGUUUAGCCUUGUGUGAAUCGCGGUGACAGAAUCCCUCCAAGUCAGGGAGAUGCCGAUCCCUCCUUCCCCUCUAAGCUCUCUUAGCUCUGAGGCAACCUCUCGGUGUCUGGUGGAUAAAAGUGGGUGUCGUGUGCCAGAACUUGGGGUGCCAUGGUACUUCACAGCACUGUCUUUUGUAGAGCUUUCUAGUCAGCGUGGCUUCCCCUUUUCUUUGUCAGCCCCUCAUGCCAGGAAAGCCCGCCGCCCUACUGAAGAAUCUAAGCCAUAUUGCAACAGCUUGGUUACCCUGGGGGCCCUUCGUAACUGCCUUAUAGCUCAGCAUCACCGAGCAAGUGACAUCCCGGUCUGUGCGUAUGGAGACACUUGUUCGGUCGUGUCGCGAACACGUGUGAGUCACUGCAGCUCUGUGCAGGGAACAUGGGAGAGGGGAGUGACCCCCAGGGGAGGACCGGGCCUGCCCGCCUGCCUGCAGGAGGUGGGAGCUGGGAGCUAAGAAAAGAAUCCUCCCAGGAGGAGCUGGUGCCUCUGUACCGCCCAGGAAUUAUUUUAAUUAGUUUUUGUUUUGAAAGGUUGGCCGGGAGGGCACAGAGUGGGACAAAGCUGUAUCAUACAGGUGUUUUGGGUUGGGAAGGCUGAUGUGCUGCGUUUCUCACGUGGGUUGAGGAUGAGCUCCAUCUAGAGCACCCACAUCUGUAUCUGCCUGGUGCCGCCACAUUGCUAAAUACUUCCGCCAUGAAACAUGCCAGACAAUGGAGGGAAAAGCCAUCACAGCACACGGAGAACGUCGGGGCGUCCCACCCCAGUAGGAACGAAACGAUGGCUCCUGGGUGGGUCGCGAGGACCUCGGCAGGUCCGUUAGCAUCUGUCGGUCUGACAGCCCGUGUGUAGACCAUGGCUGAGUUGUUAAAGUGCCUGUGAAUCCCUAUGUGAAAGGAGCUGGAGACGAAAGCUCAGCAUACUGUGUAUUAACAAAAAAGAAAAGAAAAGACAUGUAUUGAUAUGCCUAUUUUUGGUUUUUUUUUACUGGCACAUUGUAUUUUUGUGUCGACUUGUUUUUAGAAAAUAUGUGAAGUGUCCACACACGCACCUGUGUGUCUUUUGCAUCUGUGUGCUGGGUCUUUGUCAGUGAAGUGUGGCGAUGUUCCGAUGGUGUCGCCAGUGUACGCGUGGUGACCUCGACGACAGUGGUCCUCUCAGCCGUCACUGAGCUGAGAGACAACUUUCCCUGUACAUAGGAGACUUCUAAUAAAAGGCAUAUUUCUUCUGGG